GCGCGCUGUCAAAAGGCGGUGGCAUCGAGGCGCGGCUGUCGCAGUCACAGCAGCAGAGCAGACAAGAAAGGGAAGCCUAGACUCAUUCUCAAGUCAGAAUUCUAAUUACUGAUAAUGUCAAACAGCGGGCUUAUUCGAAACAUCCGCAGGCCUCCUCAACCCCCAACACCAAUACUAGCAUGUUCAAAGUUGUUUUUAUGUGUCAUGCCCAUUGUGCAGAUUGCAAUUGGUGCUGUACAUUUGGAUGACUGUCCGCGUCAGCACUACAUCCCCAUCUAUUUAAUUGUGGUGGGAGUCUUUAGCCUGGUGCUGUCUGUGCUCUCCUGCCUGCCAUGCGCUCAAAAGUCCGAAGACAGCGCCCCCAACACAUUCAGUCAAGUCUGCACGGCCUGGAACUCGUUGACAUCUUGCUUUCUCUUCGGCUGGUUUAUUGCUGGUAAUGUGUGGAUAUACUCUAUUUAUGAGCCUAACUACAACAAGAAUACAACCAGUGUGGAGCCAUACUGCGACCGGACACUCUACCUGUUUGCCUUCUGGACCACCACCCUGGUCUACAUCCUCCUGGGUCUGUUCCUGGUGGGCGGGUGCUGUGUCCUCUUCUGCUUCUUCCUGUGUGGCCGAGCCGACGCCGACGACAAUGUCUAGGGACAAACAAACAAAUGAGGAGACAGGAUGCAUCUCAUGAGGCUGCACACAAUGGUUUGGCUGCUUACAUUGCAACACAAGACUAAUAUUUCUUAUCUUAACACCUAUCAUGUUUAAUAAUGGCACUUCUAGUUGCACAACCUUUGUUUUGGCAGCCCCAGUAGAUACAUGCCUAACUCCAAGAUGCUGUACAUUUUACACUGAUUUAUAAAUGUUUGUUUUCUCAAUGCUGAGCCUUUUCUACCUCCUACAGAAGCUGCAAUACAUUCUAUUUGUAGUAAUCUUCUAUCACUUUUUGUCCAAAAUAUAUACUGAUGUAUUGUUUUCAUGUUGAGCCAGUGAUUGGGUUUAAACUUGAUGCAGAGUAAAGAAUUAUAUGGUAAAAUGUCUGUUUUUAGUGAAUUAAUUUUGACUUGAUGUUGCUCUUUUUUGAUACUUUAAUGCUAAGAUUGUUGACAAUUUGUCAAGUUUUGUAAGAAGUCAAGAUUGUUGACAAGCACUUUACUGUAAUAGACAGUGGUUUCUCAUACAUCAUAAGCCUAUAUUUAAUACUAAUAAUUCAUUGGUUUGUUUCCAGGAGGUUCCAACAUUUCUGAUGGUUCCUUAUAUAAUCACAUCACUAAAAUUAGUCUACAGAUCAAACUAUAUCCAAUGAAGUUUUUACUGCUAUGUUAUGCACUAACUAAUAUAGCUCAGCAUAAAUUCUUUCAGGAAGACCUAACUGUUAAUUGAUGCUCUCCUAAAUCAAUUCAGCUGUAAAUAAAUGUACAUUUUAUCAUGCUGUGUAUAACAGUCAUAUAUCUGCAACUAGUCUCUCCUGAUAGAAAUGUAGUUCAGUGUAAAUUCUUCCAGGUGAUCAAUGCUCUCUACCUAAAUCAAAUCAGCUGGUGGAGACGUUCACCUUCCUGCUAAACAAUCAGAAUCGUACACAAAUUGCCAAAGGGCCAAUCACAGAGUCACAACCCUGCUUUAAAAUCAGUUUCUCCCUUUGCUAUCAGCUGUCGUUGCUACCCUCCACCUCCCUUUCCACCUCCAGCUGACCAGUCCGGAGCCUCCUUCGGUCUGGUCUUUGGGCUCCUUCACCACCACCGGUGUAUGGAUUCCAUUGGGGGGGGGGGGACUAUUCGUAUAGCGAUGGAGUCUAAUCGCCAAAGACUUUGUACUUUUUAUUGCUGUACAGUAUGUCUCUCCUAAUUUAAUUAAGAUCACAUACCAUAUAUCAAUCAU